CCGCGCCGCCCGCUGAAGCGGCCCCCGCCCGCCGCCCGCCGCGGAGCCCCGCGGAGGCAGCGCCCGCGCGGGACCAUGCCGCCCUGGCAGCUGCCCGCGCUCCUCGCCGCCCUCCUCGGCGUCUGCGUCUGGACCGACGAGACCGCGAAAGUCAUCUCGGACCGCUACGCCGUGUACUGGAACCGCAGCAACCCCAGGUUCCACGGCGGGGACUACACGGUGGAGGUGAGCAUCAACGACUACCUGGACAUCUACUGCCCGCACUACGAGGCCCCGCCGCCCGCCGAGCGCGCCGAGCGCUACGUGCUCUACAUGGUGAACGCGGAGGGGCACGCCGCCUGCGACCACCGCCACCGCGGCUUCAAGCGCUGGGAGUGCAACCGGCCCGACGCGCCCGGCGGGCCCCUCAAGUUCUCCGAGAAGUUCCAGCUCUUCACCCCCUUCUCGCUGGGCUUCGAGUUCCGCCCGGGCCACGAGUACUACUACAUCUCCGCUUCUCCCCCCAACAUGGUGGACAGGCCCUGCCUGAAGCUGAAGGUUUACGUGCGGCCGACAAACGACUCCCUGUACGAGUCGCCGGAGCCGAUCUUCACCAGCAACAACUCGUGCUGCAGCCUCGGGGUGCCGCGCGCCGUGCUCGCCGUGGUGCCCGUCGUCUGGACGCUGCUGGGCUCGUAGCCCCCGGCGAGGGGCCGAGCCGCGCCGCCCGUCGCUCCGCUUUCCCGAUUUCCCGAGUCGCCUCCGGAGCGGCCCCGCGCAUCCCACGGGCUCGGCGCAGCCCCGCUCCGGCGUCGGAGCCCCGGGAGCCACCGCAAGCGCCGCGCCGCCGCCGGGGACGGAUCCGGGCCGGAGGGCGCCUUCCUCGCCGCCGCGGCUCGGCUGGCUGCGACCCUCCCCUAGGAUGUUGCUUUUUACAUUUCUAGACCAAAAAUAGAGCCCUUUUUAAAAGAUUUUUUUAUUUUUGUUUUGGUUUUGUUGGUUUUGCCCCACUCGGUGCUUCCCCGUGCCGGAGACUGAGCCGCAAGGCGGGUGCCGCUCCCGGGGAUGGCGGCGGUGCCAGGGGCUGAUGGUGCUCGGCCCUCGCUGGCCCCCGGACGCGGCCGGAGCGAUGCCGGGCCGGGAGCCGCGGACAGCGCCGGGACGCCGGACCGGCCGGACACGGACGCCGAGGACGGUGCCGGGGGCUCUGCCGCGCCGGGCGGCCCCGUGCCUCAGCCCUGCGGAGACGGGGGCGCGGACGGACGGACGGACGGACGGAUGGAUGGACAGACAGAUGCAGGGCAGCCCGGAGGCAUGGACGGACGGACGGACGGAUGCGGGCGGCAUCGCCGCCUCCUUGCCGCGGUGCUCGCGGGGGCAGCACCGGCCCCGCCGGCGGGGCGAUGCUGCCCGGGGCUGCCCGGGGCUGGUGGGAGCGGGGGCCCCGGCUCCCUCCCCUCCCGCCCCAGCCCAAACCCGCGUUUCCCCCCCCCGGGGCUCGAUUCCCUGCAGCCGUCAGCAGCGGCGGGUCGGUGCCGGGCCGGCGCGGGAGCUGCCCGCGGGCUGCUUUCCCCUUUCCCUCCUUUGCAUUAAAAAAAGAAAUGCAGAACUGAGGUUGGCCCGAGGCCGCGCGCGGCGACGCAGCGAGGGUCCCGCGGCCGCUCCUCGCCUUGCGCCGUGCCGGGGUGUCCCGGCCGCAGCUCCCGCGGGCUCCGUGCCCGGCGCGGGAGGACGGCGGGAUGACGGAUAACGUACCGCAGCGACGACCCCUUUCCACGGACGCCUUUUCCGAGCGCCCGCCAGAGCCUUCCCUUGCCGCCCGGGAGCCGCGGCGGGCUCGGCCGCUCCGUCCCUGUACAUAGAGCCGGCAGGUGCUAUACUGUGACCUUUUUUUUUUAUGUAUUGUUGAGAAUGAAUUUUAUGGAAGGGUUUAUUUUAUUUCUAUUUUAUUUUUAUUUUUUAGACUAGGAAGCUGAAAUCUCGCAAUAAGCUCAUCUCGACCAUCCAAAAAAUACAAAAAGCGGUUAAAAAAGCCGCGUUCCCUGCCACCCCCCCGCCCCGCCCCGCCGCCCCCCGUGUGUCUAGAGCAGGUCGUGGUUCUCGAAGGCAAGCGAAAGCACCGUGUUCACCCCGCCGCGGCCGGGGGCCUCCGCAGCCCCCCCCCCCCCGCGGCCCCCCGCCACCGGCAGCGUGGUGAAGCCUGGCCUUCGGUCUGUGUUUUAUAUAUAUAUAUAGAUUAUAUAUAUAAAUAUCUAUAUUGUGUACAGCGACUGUGAGAGAGUUAAGGAGAAGCGAGUGAGGAAGCAGCGCUCCGUGCCGCUGCGGGGUCGGGGGGGGUCCGGGGGGGCGCAGGGGGGUCUGGGCCCGGGUUCGGGUCGGUCCGGGUGGUUCUGCGUUGGGGAGCAGCCCCCGCCGCGGGGGGGGCUGGCUUUGCUUGUGGGUCUCCGUUCAGCCUAGCUUCGUCCUUAGACACGCCGCUUUCGUCCUCGACGUCGUGCUGAUGGUAACCGCGUCACCACCUGGUUUGGAUUCUGUAUUUUUUUAUAAUAAAAUAAAAGUAAAUGUCCUGUGA